CACAGCUGUCUUGUUUUGUGUAGCUGUGUGUACGCUCUAUGGCCGCUCUGGAGACCAUCGGCCCCCUCAUGGCGGGGAUGAAAGCCCGGGCAGACAUGGCUGGAUUAGCUUGUGAAGCUCUCAACCGCAUGUUCCAGAAAGAGCAGACAGAACUAGUGGCCCAGGCUCUCAGAGUGGAGCUGGUCCCGUACCUCCUGAGGCUCCUGGAAGGAAUCGGCUUGGAGACGUUGGAUAACCCCUCCGCUACAAAGGCUCAGAUAGUAAAGGCUCUCAAGUCCAUGACUCGCAGUCUGCAGUAUGGAGAACAGGUGAAUGAGAUUCUUGCCAAGUCCUCAGUGUGGAGUGCCUUCAAAGACCAGAAACACGAUCUAUUCAUCUCAGAGUCUCAGACCGCAGGCUACCUGACUGGUCCAGGAGUAGCAGGCUACCUUACAGCAGGAACUGGAACAACGGUAAUGCCCAACGUCCCACCCCCUGUGGACAACGACAGUGGAGACCAAAGCUGAUGGACACACCUCACAGUCACGCUCAGGCACCCAGACUGCCCUGCAGCUACACGGACGCAGCUCAGAGAAGGACUGUCCAGCUCCCCGACGAGGGGACGGAGAGAGAGAAAGCCGGAGGAGAGCAGGCCGUCAUUGACCGUCACCAAAAUCUCUGCAACACCUCCUCCAGAAUCACUCUCCUCUCCCCUUGCAAAGGGCACUCAAGUCUUCAUGAACACUUUUGAAAUUGUUUUAACUGAUGACCACAUUUGUUUUGUUUCUGUGCUUCUUUUCUUGUUUCUUCCAAUGACACGCAAAAGAGUUUACUUUUUGUAUGAAUAUAUUUUUUACUCCAGAUUUUUUUUUUUUCCCAUGAGAAAGACAUAGGGAGACUGAGGCGUAUUCUAGGUUAACUGUCUCUUCUCUAUUAUCUUAAUCCUCUUUGUCAUAUCCUAAUUGGCUAUACUUACCCUAAAUUAUGAUCAAAGGAUGCUUGGCCUUGUUUGAGACGCAUUUGUGCACAGGACCUAUCCACCUCUUACAUUAACAUGGCAUUGACUAGUCUGUAUAAUGGGUUCUCAAAUGGAAAAUCUAAAUCAUGUGUGUAUGAUUUCUCUGCCUUGAGUGAUGCUGACGUCUUGUCUGGUUUGGUCAGGUCCAGUUCGAUCCACUCUUACAAAGUUGACACAAAUGUACUCUCCAAAUGUCCAGCCUCUUAUUCCUCUAAACUUAAUUCAUAGUUCAUUCUGCUCUCUCUCUGAAGGCUACACUUUCUGCCUCACAUUUUUUUAAGUAAUUCUCCUUCCCCCUCAGAAAGCAAAAAGCACUAGAAUAUUUAUAAGUGAAUAAUAACCACCGGAAAUGAGCUUCUGCUAAGACAUUACGAAUGACAGUGACUGAUUAUGAAUCUGUGAAAGACUAGUGCAAUUUGUGAAAUGUUCAAUGUAAUAUUACGUAUAUAAUUUCUAUAUUGAAUGUACAUUCAAAAAAAAAAAAAAAUCUGUCGCACUUGUACAUAAAAUUUUAAGAAUAAAAGUGAACCCACAGUGUUA